UUUAUGCUCUUCUAAUCAAUUUGAUAAUUAAUUUAAUAAAAAGUAUUAUAUAUAUUCUGAUAAACCAAUCUAUUUUUCUACCUAAUGAUUUCCUGAUGACAAAUUUGGCUACAAUGAAAGUUUGUAAAUUUGUAAUCAUGUCAACAUCUCCGGUAAUUUAUAUUGUAUUGAUUUUUACUUUUUUGAAAUGAUGUUAGACGUGUCAAUGAUACGAUUGGUUAGAAGUUAAGAAAAGAAACUAUAAAAGUAUACUAUAUGUUUAGCCAUCCUCUUUAAGAAAAGAGCGUUGUGGUAGUCUCUCAAUCUUCUUCUUCCUCUUCGUUCGUUCCUCGCUGCUCUCUCUAGGUUUCUAUUAUUGCUGCAUGAUAGCUUCUGUUUCUAGAAUCAGUGUCUAGCUAGGAUCAUCAGCCAUCUCUUUCCAUAUACAAUGUUCCCUGGCCAAGACCGUUGGUAUUUUUCAAGAGAAGAAAUAGACAAUAACUCACCAUCAAGACAAGAUGGUAUCGAUUUGACGGAAGAAACUAGCCUGCGCAAGGCAUACUGUUCAUUCUUGAUAGAUCUUGGUCGCAGAUUCAAACUUGACCAGGUAACAGUAGCCACUGCUAUAGUAUUCUGUCACAGAUUCUUCCUUCUUCAAUCACACGCAAAGAAUGACAAAUGGGUAAGUUUAGUUGGACCAUGUAGAGAUCAAGCUUUUGGUUUGAAUAAAAGUGCAUUUGAUAAUGUAGUUAGUUCUGAUGCCUUUUGCCUGUUUACGCUUUCACUCCAGAUAAUUGCAGCAGUUUGCAUGUUCCUUUCCGCCAAGGUUGAGUCUACUCCAGUGGAUUUGAAAACCCUCAUUAUUACUUCUGAAGAGAUCUUACACAAGAAGGUUAUUGCAGCUGAGGAGAGACAGGGAGUAUAUGAACACUACAAAGGGAUUGUAUUAAUUGGAGAGAAGCUUGUUCUUUCUACACUCAACUUUGAUCUCAGUGUUGAUCUUCCUUUUGACCUUCUUGUCCAAGCUAUGAAAAAAUUCAUCCUUGACGAGGCUACUCAGGGGAUAUUUCCUCCAGCUGCAUGGAAAUUUGUCAAAGAUAGUUUCUGGACGACACUCUGCCUACAGUAUCAGCCUCGUCACAUAGCAGCUGGUGCUUUUUUCCUCGCUGCCAUGCACAUAAACAUGGACGCGAAAUCACAUGGAGAGAGCUGGUGUCAACAUUUUGAUAUCACGCGUCGUCAACUAAAUGAUAUCAGGGGCCAAAUGGGUGAGCUUUAUUAUGGGAAAAAGCCUAUUCCUACAUUUACAGGGAGCAUAGGGGAAACGAGUAACAGUGGAGACGUAGUGCAGCAGCAACCUGUCCCUACGGAUAAUUGUCCAAGCUCUGUUAUUGAAGGAGGCUCAUCGAGUGUCGCUGAUGGUUCACUGCAAGAUCAGUCGUGUCCCCAAGGAGUUGAAAAGGACAGCCCAGACCGUGAAGCUGGAGAUAAUCAAGAAGACACUUGAUGUCUGGUCGUUGACUAUGGUGAAAUAGUGGUUUUAGAUUUUUAGGUGGAAGAAGGGUUUUGUUCAUGGAGAUAACUAAAAGCUUUAGUCGUAUAUAGUAUACGGUGAGUUUGGGGAAACAACUAUUACAGCAUCCAACACUAGAUGGUUUUAGUUUCAAGAUUUUUGGUUUGGGGUUUUCAUUACUUCGCUUCAUGCUUAACCGUUAGUUUUUAGUCUUAACCAAUUGUAAAUAGUUUACAAAAAAAAAAAAACAAUUGUAAAUAUAAAUACAAGUUAUGAAAAGAAAAUAUAAAUACAUGUAAAAUGUUCUUUUUCGUUU